AUGAAGCUGCUGACCAGCGUUGGAUUGCUCGUGGUAGGGCUAGUGGCCAGUUUACUGUUCGGUAGUAGCGAUUGUGCGCCACAACAGCAAGGCCGAAAUUCCAAAUAUGUUGUGGGUGAACUAUCGUCCGGCCGGGUUGGUACAGUGGAAAUCAACAGCGAUGCUGCUUCUAACGCUAGGACAACAUCGAGUGCGAAUUUUGCUAACUACCAACGACAGCAACAAGUGCAGUCCAGCCCCAGAGUAGUAAUGAUAAAUCAAUCUCAGCCAGCGCAACAGUUCACUCCUCAACGAGUGCAAUCGGUUACUGUUCAGCCACAGCAACAACAAUCACAGUACGAACGUGAGCUGGCCCAAUACCAGCAGGCACUGAUGGUGUACCAGCAACAAAUGGUAGCUUCACAACCACAAAUCCAGACACGCAUCUACCAGCCGCAACAGUACGUUCAACCACAGCAAUACCAACCGCAGCCGUACCAACCGCAGCCGUACCAACCGCAGCCGUACCAACCGCAGCCGUACCAACCGCAGCCAUACCAACCACAACCGUACCAACCACAACCGUCUCCCUACCAGUCUUUCUCACCCUACGCGCAGCCCAAUUAUUACAGCAUGCCGUUUGGAAUGUCCUCUCGACCAUCCUCAAGCUCAAGUCUGCUCGGUAGUCUUUCGGACGGGUUCCGCAGUCUCACGAGUGGUUUCGGACUGGGAAGCGUAGGUUUAGGACUUUUUGGUUGA